AUGUCCCGCGAGUUUCUUGCUGUCUCCGUCCCAGAUCUCGUACAGAAACUCAGGGUAGACGAAAAGAUCGCCCUCUUGGGUGCCCCUAACUGGUGGAACACUCAUGCCAUCCCAAGGCUCAACAUACCAGCAGUCCGCAUGAGCGACGGCCCAAAUGGUGUUAGAGGAUCAUCCCACUUCAUCCCCACUCCAGCCCAAUGUCUACCCUGCGAGACGGCUAUGGCGGCGACGUUUGACGUCGACCUCAUUCAUGAUGUCGGCGCCUUUCUUGGACAAGAGACCAAGAUCAAGUCCUCCGUCAUUAUUCUUGCCCCAACCUGCAAUGUCCAGAGAAAUCCUCUGGGCGGCCGAGCUUUCGAGUCCUUCUCCGAGGACCCACACCUCUCUGGAAUGCUGGCCGCCGCCUAUGUCAAUGGUGUGCAGUCCGAAGGUGUUGCCGCUACAAUCAAGCAUUUCGUAUGUAACGACCAAGAGAGCGAGCGCAGUGCCGCAGAGUCCGUCCUUUCCGAUCGUGCCCUCCGUGAAAUCUAUCUCUAUCCUUUCAUGCUUGCUGAGAAGCACGCCAAACCUUGGGCAUACAUGACUUCAUAUGGACGUCUCUGGGGAAUACACUGCUCCGAGAACAAGAAGCUUCUCGAAGGUUUACUUCGAGAUGAAUGGGGCUUCGACGGAAUCAUCAUGAGCGACUGGCAUGGCGUAUACGGUACCGAUGAGUCUAUCAACGCCGGUCUGGAUCUCGAAAUGCCAGGCCCACCGCGCUGGAGAACGGCCUUCCUUAUUUUGCACUGUCUCUCAUCCCAAAAGCUGAAAACGGGCAUCCUGGACGAGCGAUCGACUAGGCUGCUCAACUUCGUGCAGAAAAUGGCAGCCAUCAAUCCUGACAUCGUGUUUGGCGAUGGCAUCGAACGCUCGCGGGAUGCUCCCGAACUUCGACAGUUCGCACGCAAGGUGGCGGCCGAGGGUAUCGUUCUCCUCAAGAAUAACGAUAAUGUCCUACCCAUCACACCCUCCAAAGUCAAAAAGAUUGCCGUCAUCGGACCGAAUGCAAAAGGAACUGUUAUAUCUGGUGGCGGAUCUGCGGCUCUAACGCCUACCUACGUCAUCACACCUUACGACGGUAUUUGCAAGAAUGCACCAGCCAAAUUUGACAUUCAGUACGAAGUCGGAUGUUAUGCGCACAAAUACCUUCCUACUCUCGAAAGAUUCUUGAAAACGACCGAUGGCAAGGCCGGAUGGUCAUGUACCUUCUACACUCAAGACGAGAACGGCAACCCUGAUAAGGCUGUUGGUGAAUAUGUGCUCAAGGACACCCGUGUCAAAGUCAACGACUUCCUUCCUGCUGGUCUGACACCAAACUGGACAAUGAAACUAAAGGGUCUUCUCACAUUCGAUACGUCUGGCGACUACGAGCUCGGUCUCGCUGUUGCAGGCCGCGCAAAACUAUGGGUCAAUGGCAAGUUAACUAUCGACAAUUGGACUCAUCAAACACCCGGCGAUUUCUUUUACGGACAAGGUACGAUAGAAGAAAAGGCUGUCUAUCCAUUUGUCGCGGGGCAGGCCACGGAAAUUAUGGUUGAAUAUACGAACGCUGUUGGUGCCGAUAGCGAGGACGAUGGUACUGACAAGGGAAACUCCCAGCCUGGCUUGAUGAGAGGCGUGCGCCUUGGAGGAGUGGAGAAAAUAGACGCAGACGAAGCUAUACAACGAGCGGUUGAUCUUGCCGCCAAGUCUGACGUUGUCGUGUACGUUGGUGGUCUGACCGCUGAAUGGGAGGCCGAGGGAUCUGACCGGCCAACACUCGAUUUACCCGCCCGACAAGAUGAACUCAUCGCAAGAUUAGGCCAAGCUAAUUCCAACACGGUGGUGUGCAUACAGGCGGGCUCUGCUGUUGCAAUGCCAUGGGUGAACAAAGUCAACGGGAUAAUGCAAACUUGGUACCUGGGCAACGAAGUCGGGAACGCGAUAGCUGACAUCCUCUACGGGACCGUCAAUCCCUCUGGCAAGCUCUCGGUCACCUUCCCCGCCCGUAUGGAAGACAUUGCGGCAUACCCCAACUUGGUUAGCGAGAAUGGCCAAAUCCAUUACCGUGAGGACCUGUUCGUGGGCUACAAGCACUUCAUCGAUAGAGGCGUUAAACCGUUGUUCCCAUUCGGCUUUGGCCUGUCUUACACGACCUUCUCCGUCGACGGCCUUCAACUGUCAAGACCUGCAUCAUCGGGAGACGAAUUCAAUGUCAAGGCUACAGCUAACAUUACCAACACUGGUUCGGUCGCCGGCUCAGAAGUCGUUCAACUUUACAUCGGCCUUCCUGAAGACAUCGGAUUGACCACACCGACCCGUCAGUUAAAGAGCUUUGUCAAAGUGAAAGACAUUGCGCCUGGACAGUCGAAGACAUUGGAGAUGGUUCUGGACAAGUACGCUGUUUCCUACUGGGACACCGCCAAGAACAACUGGUGUGCCCGGGCUGGAAAAUACCGCGUCUUGGUCGGCACGAGCAGCUAUGACCUGCCUCUGACCGCAGAAUUCACGAUUGAGAAAACGUUCAGAUGGAGCGGGCUGUGACAUGUAU